ACCAAAAGCGGUAACCCCGAGCUACACUCGGGCUUACCAUGCGGCGUUGCUCAGGGAUUCCCUGCAGCACUUACCUUGACUUCGCUCCCGCAAUGUCCCUCCUGCAGCAUCCCUGGCCAUCUCUUCCGGCCGAUGCCGGCAUCCGGCUUCCAUGUUCCGGUCCCUGUGACGUCGGGACAUAAGGCGGCCGGAACCAGUGGCAAAUUUAAAAAUUUUAAAAACUGUCAUUUUUUUGUAAAUUUUGUCCCUAGAGCUUUGUCCUGUGCCCUGCCGGCAUUUUGACUGUUCUUUCUG